UAUCACGACGGUCACCUCUCGACCUUGCCAUCCUCCCCAGUCGCUCUUCAGCCCCAGUUCUCUCUCUUCUAGUCAUCUGAGUGCGACUCUCAAUCUGCCAAAAUGUCUUCCGAUCUCUGCCCCGUGUACGCGCCCUUCUUCGGUGCUCUGGGUUGUGCCUCUGCGAUCAUUUUUACCUGCUUCGGAGCUGCCUAUGGAACCGCCAAGGCCGGUGUUGGUGUCUGCUCGAUGGCCGUUCUCCGGCCUGACCUGAUUGUCAAGAACAUCGUUCCCAUCGUCAUGGCGGGUAUCGUUGCCAUUUACGGUCUGGUCGUUUCCGUCCUGAUCGCCAAUGACCUCAAGCAGCAGCUGUCGCUGUACACGGGUUUCAUCCAGCUGGGUGCUGGUCUUGCCGUCGGUCUUGCCGGUCUUGCCGCUGGCUUUGCCAUCGGUAUUGUCGGUGACGCCGGUGUCCGUGGAACUGCCCAACAACCCAGACUCUACGUCGGCAUGAUUCUUAUCCUCAUUUUCGCUGAAGUCCUGGGUCUUUACGGCUUGAUCGUUGCUCUGCUCAUGAACUCCCGCGCCGGUGAAUCCACCUGCUCCGCCGUCAGCUCGUUUUAAAGCGCAGUUCGCUGCUAAGAGUCAGUGUCGUUCAUCCCCACCGGUAUCCAGCCCCCCCUGGGCCGUGAGGCUCCCAUUUCCUCUGCGAUGGCAGUCAGUUCAAUUCCGCUCAUUCGGCUUCUUGUAACAUCAAUCAUAUACUGAAGUCGGAUGGUUGGGAAGGGGGGAACGCGCUUCUUCUUUCUUUGUCAUAUCUGCCUCUUUUCUUCUUUUCUUUUUGGACUACUCAAUAAAUAUGGAACGACAACAACAAACGGUUAUAAUCCCCGUGGUCUGGACCGGAUUGUAAACUAGGUGACGGGGGGGGGGUGUUGAAAGUGGAGGUUAGAUGUGCGAGUGAUGGAUUGAUUGGUGAGAUGUGGUCGAGUGCGUUUUGAAGCUGAACUAAACUGUACUUUAUGGAGUUGAUCCAUAUCCUGAUGUUUUUUGUUACUGUCUGGCUAGUUUAUAGAUGU